CUGCGCAGGGAUCGCUCUAAACGCGGCUGCCGAAGAAGGAACGGCCACUCGUGUGGCUAGGCUUCCCGUGCUCAACCUCUUCACUCACGCCCGCCGCGCAUGGGAUCUAACAUCUUUACAACAAUCGAAUCCUCCAUGCCUGCAGGACCUGUAAUCAUUCGUUACAUACUUCGGAUCCCCUUUACAUCUUGUCGCAUGGACCUGCGCGAUCUGUAACCCUUGUGCGGGAACAUCAGGUGUUCGCACGAGAUUAUCCCUCCCGGGUGGAGGCCAUCAUCAUGUUUUCCGCCUUUGCGUCUGGGGCCGACACAAAUACACUGGAUGACGACUCCGAUAUGUUCGAGCAAUCUCACCAAGACUUUCUGUCGCUACCAAUAACGCAUGGAAGCAUGGAUCUGAAGGGUGGUACCGCUCCUAUGCCUGGGCUUAGUAACAUUGGCUAUGGCAGAGAAUCGGCGACAUCGUCCGUGCACUACGGCGAGAACAACGACACAUCGGAGACCAGUCAUCAAAGCGGCAAUCAGGAGGCAGAUGGAUCUACACCUGGUCCCUUCACGAAUGCGUAUGGUUUCAAUCUUACUCCCUCGCCACUGCCAUGUCCAAAUACACCGCACUCCACGGUGGAGAAUGGAACACACGGUAUCAACGGAAACAACUCGAACAACAAUGGGAAUGGGAUAUCCAAGGCUGUUGAUGGGAGUGUCACUCAUCAGAGCGACGGGAUAUCAAGACUGAAAGAUGCCUCAACCAAGCACAGCUUCAUAACGAGAACGCCACAAAGCUUGAGCCGCGAAUCUCAACCAUCUUCGACACCUGAGCUAUUACAAUCAAAUGAGCGUACUGCUAAGCGGCGGUUAGUAACCACUCCGAAAGGCAAGCCGGUGGAGUGGAGAGCAAAUUCAAGCAUACCUAGCGACAUGUCAUGGCCAGAGUUUGGCAGGCAAUGCAUUCUGGCAGCAGAAAGCAGUAGACUCAAUCCGUUUGCCCUGCAUCCAACAGAAUAUCGGCUUCUAAGGAACCAUAUCAACCACGCGCAGGUCACCAUUUACCUCAACAUACGGAACGCGAUCUUGAGAUUAUGGCACCGCAAUCCUCUGGUCUACGUUUCAUCCGAAGAAGCCGCAGGUUGCACUCGAGACAAGCGCUUCUUUGGCCUUGCAAAAGUAGCAUACCAGUGGCUUCUCAGAAACGGAUACAUCAACUUCGGAUGCGUUGAGGUACCGGAUACGGUACCAGCAAUGUCUAAGAAGAAAACGAAGGACAGUUCACAGCGAACGAUUAUUGUUGUCGGUGCUGGGAUGUCAGGCCUAGGUUGCGCUCGACAGCUGGAAGCGCUUUUCGCUCAGCUGGCAGAUCAACCACUCAACGACGGUGAACGUCCACCGAAGAUCGUUGUCAUUGAAGCCCGUCCACGCGUAGGUGGUAGGGUGUACUCACAUCCCUUUCUCAAUCAAACUAACUCUUCGCUUCCUCCGGGGCACCGCUGUACAGCCGAGAUGGGCGCGCAGAUCGUCACAGGAUUCGAGCACGGCAACCCUCUGAACGCCAUUAUUCGUGGGCAGCUCGGUAUUCCAUACCAUGGUUUACGCGAUAAUACGAUACUCUAUGAUUACGAUGGCACAACCGUAGACCGUGAGCCUGACCUGUUGGUAGAGAGGCUGUACAAUGAUGUGUUGGAGCGAGCCAGCGUUUAUCGAAACAAAGCUCCCGCGCAGCGAAUUGUAGAGGGCGAUCGUAACCUUAUAAUGUUUGGCCGCGACGCAAACGAUAACGGUGGACCAACGGUUGCGGAACUGGAGAAUUCGGACGCGCCGUUGUCUGUUAAUGCGAAGAGUACGGCGUCGACAACAGUCGAUAAACCUACAACGGGAGUAGAGAAGCUGGCUGGUAGAGCUUACCAGCUUAGUGCUGGCUUCAACCCGGACAUCACAGCGGCUGAGGGGAUUCACAAUCUUGGGUGGAGGCUCAAAGCAGGGGUGUCAAUGACACAGACUGUAGACUUGGAUGCAGUUGCGAAGACAACAGAAUUCCCUACGUUGGGUCACACUAUGGACGAGGGUAUCAAGCAAUAUCAAGCUAUCGUUGACAUGAAACCGAGAGACAUGCGGCUACUGAGUUGGCACCAUGCCAAUCUUGAAUAUGCAAAUGCAGUCAGUGUCAACAAGCUCAGUCUGGGCGGUUGGGAUCAGGAUAUGGGCAAUGAGUUCGAAGGCGAGCAUUCGGAGGUCAUUGGAGGCUACCAGCAAGUUCCGCGAGGACUCUGGAAGUCGCCGAGCCAACUGGACGUUCGCUUCAACACGCCGAUCAAGUCAGUCCGGUACAAUACGGAGGAGACCGGGACUGGGAAAGCUGUGACGAUUGAAUGCAGCAACGGACAGUCCUUUGAGGCUGACCGAGUUGUAUUGACAACACCUCUAGGCGUUUUGAAGUCAGGGUCAAUAACGUUCCAGCCGCCUCUUCCCGACUGGAAACAGGGUGUGAUUGAGCGUAUGGGCUUCGGACUACUCAACAAGGUCAUAUUAGUAUACGAAAAGGCCUUCUGGGAGCCCGACCGUGACAUGUUCGGCUUGCUGAACGAAGCCGAGCACGAAGCCAGUCUCCGACCUGAAGACUAUAGGGCGCGGCGAGGACGAUUCUACUUGUUCUGGAACUGUAUCAAGACCAGCGGCAAGCCAACGCUUGUUGCGCUUAUGGCUGGCGAUGCUGCUCACUACGCUGAGGCGACGUCAAACGACCAGCUGGUCAAAGAAGUUACAGACCGACUGAGUUCGAUGUUCGCAUCGAAGACGGUUCCACUUCCCACAGAGGCUAUUGUCACAAGAUGGAGCAAAGACCCUUUUGCCCGCGGCAGCUACUCAUACGUUGGCGCAAAGACACAGACGGGCGACUACGACGUCAUGGCUCGACCGCAUGGUCCAUUACAUUUCGCAGGAGAAGCGACAUGUGGAACGCAUCCUGCUACGGUUCAUGGCGCAUACUUGUCAGGCCUCCGCGCUGCCGCUGAAGUAUAUGAAGCAAUGAGCGGGCCUAUCGAAGUCCCCAGUCCGUUGGUGGAGAAGAAGAUCAAGCUCGAGCAGCCAGCUACUCCCUCGUUCGCGGACUUCAAACCAGGGUUUGCGCCUGCAGUGUUGCCCACGCAGACGGAAAAGACAGCACGAGCUCAACAGGACGAAGACUACGAGGCGGCCAUUAUUGGUGCUAUUCUAGAGGAGAUUGGCGAGCGACCGAUCAAACCAGGCCGCUCUGGAGUGAAUCCGUUUUUGCUCUUCACCAAAGACUACUGGUACACUGUUAAGAAAGAGUGCGACGACGCGCGUGUGGCUGCCACGGGCAACCCAGAGGCAAAAGCGUCAAAGCAGGAGGUCCGGAUUGCCAUCGGCCUCAAGUGGCGGACGGCGGGCGAGGACGUCAAGAAGCCCUUCCAGGAGCAGGCUGACAAUGCACGGGACAGUGCAACGUCUCACGCAGCAGACUUCAAGGAGCGAGUGGUCCGCUGGGACAGCGAGGCUUCACGCAUACGGCGGGAAUACAUCCAGAAGAACCCGCCACCGGGCGGGAACGAAGACCUGAUACUCAACAGCCGCACGGCGAUUGAGCUGGGCGCUGGCAAGCGAAUGCGGCGGCUGUGAAGCAGUUUGCGUUUCAUUCUAUUUUACUUUCUGUUGUAACACCAUGUACAUGUAGUUGCAUUCGACUGCGCGGCACUUGCAUUUCACGGGCGUUGGUGGAGGCUCCAGGCCACGCGGUGCGGGCAGGCUCGUGUGGGCGACGGAGGCUGGACGGCUAAAUGGGGCAUGGCUGUUGGGCGGGUUAGUGGAUUUGCGCCAUUUGUGAUGUGGCGUGGACAGGUGAGCAGCGGACGAACAAGGCCCGCGCGCGCGGUGCAUGUCUGGCCGGCAGCAGGCGCGAGCAGUAGCAAUGCAGUAAUAGAGGUGCCAGUGGACGCCCGUGAGCCCGUGAGCCUGAGGCCCCGUGAUCAGCGCGUUCGCAGCAUU